UAAAUCGUUAGCAUCAUGUAGUUAUGAUUCUGAAACCUUCCAUCAAGUUUUAGCAAGUAUUCAGAAAUCGGUUGAUGCAAUGAAUCUGUAUUCCUAUACAAAUUUGGCAUUGUGGGUCGCUAGCUUUGACAAAAGUGUCGAAGAGAAACUUUCCGUUCGUUUACAAGCUGGAUUAAUUACAUGGACUGAAUACCUCCAAGAUUACAAUGCCGAUGGCAGAAAAAUGGAAUUUGAUUCCGACACAAACCCCAUGGUCUCGCAUAAACCUGGUGGAGAUCUUGAAAUAAAGAUUCUUCGUCAUGAAGUACGAAUCACGAAUCAAAUCUUGUAUCUUUAUCCUCCUGUGGAAGCUGUUAGAAGUCUUCUUCUUGAGCAGCUUCAUACAUGGUUGGGUGUCAUUCUCAAGUUACCCAGAAUUCAGAGUUCCCGAUAUCAGGUUGGCCUUGAUUCAGAUGAUUUGGAAUGCCACACAAGCUAUCGUAAUCUUCUCACAAUACUUCCGGAUGGUCCCGAAGUCAUAGAGAGAGCUUACGAGGCUGUCGAGAAGAAAGUUGGAGAGGAGGAAAAAUAUGUUCAAGUGUGGUUACGUUAUCAAUCCUUGUGGGACAUGGAAACUGGUCUCAUUUAUAGCAAACUUGAUAAUAGUCUAGAGAGAUGGAUCAUUCUACUGAGGAAUAUCAGAAAGUCCCGUGUUACAUUUGAUACACAAGAAACAAGAAAGGAAUUUGGACCUAUUUUUAUUGACUUCCAACAGGUUCAAUCUAAAGUAAAUCUUAAGUAUGACAGCUGGCACAAAGAAUUGCUGAGCAAAUUUGGAUACAUGCUUUGCACGAAUAUGAAUGAUUUUUAUGGAACAAUUACCAAGAGUCGUACAGAUUUGGAACAACAUUCUGUUGAAGUAUCAUCAACAUCAGAUACCGUCAGCUUUAUUACUUUUGUUGAAUCUUUAAAACGUAAACUGAAAAAGUGGGAAAAAGUUAUGGAGGUUUACAAAAACGGUCAGCUCAUUCUGGAAAGGCAAAGAUUCCAGUUUCCAUCACAAUGGUUGUACUACGACAACGUAGAGGGCGAAUGGGGAGCAUUCAAUGAUAUCUUUAAUCGUAAAGAUAUAUCUAUUCAAAAAGAGGUGUCAAUGUUGCAAGUGAAGAUCAUUGCUGAAGAUCAAGCUGUUGAAGCAAGAACAACAGAAUUCCUGAAUGACUGAGAUAAAGGCAAACCUAUUGAAGGUAGUACUCGACCGGAUGCUGCUCUCAAAUCUCUUGCUGUUUACGAGGGAAAGCUUAAUCGAUUGAAAGAUGAUAGAAGUAAUGUUGAAAAAGCUAAGGAAGCCUUAGAGUUAAUGGAACAAGGUGUUACAAUGAUCAGCGAUGAUCGUGUCCAGGUUUCAUUGGAAGAGUUGUAAGAUCUUAAAGGAGUUUGGAACGAGUUGUUGAAGAUUUGGGAGAAGAUCGAUGAAAUGAAAGAGCAACCUUGGUUGUCAGUACAACCGCGCAAGAUACGUCAAUCUCUUGAUGCUUUGUUGAAUCAACUAAAGAAUUUCCCUACUCGUCUUAAACAGUAUUCAUCUUAUGAAUACGUACAGAAACUACUCAAAGGUUACGAGAAGUUUACCUAUGUACAAAUAUUAUGUUGCGUAUGUACAAAGGCAAGUGUCUUCGGGUAAUUUUAAUUUCCUAAAGGAAAUAACUUACGCCAAGUUUCGUCUCGCUAUCAUUGCCAUGAUACGAAUUCCCCCAAAAGGUGGUGAUGGAUGGAACAACUCUUGGAAUACAGAAAACUUUCUUACCAAAUAAUUUAAGAGAGUCUGAUACUGGAUUGCUACAUGGAAGACAAGCUCAACAUGAGACAAAAUUACUUUGCAAGUAAAGUUCUAUAAAAGACUAUGGAUGGCUUUUAUGAAAAAGUGAAAAGCACCGAGUUUAAAGGAGCGAUGUUUUUGGCUUUAUGUAGAGGAAAGAUCAUACAGAAGAAAAGUUAAAGGAAAAGACUGAGGAUGAUGCCAGUAAAGGAGAUGGCAAAGAAUCCGAUGGCAAUGUGCUGGAAAGUAACGAUGAAAGCUCUGUAAAGAAAACAUUGUAAAAAAUGUUUCUCACGUGGAAUAUUAAAGUCAGAAAAUAAUGCUAUGGCAAAAUAUAGAGUUUAAAAUUUGAA